AUGAGCGCUGAAGAGAAGACCCGAAUCUCGGGCGAGGUUACUCGUCCUGAGGGCACCAUUCUGCCCACCGUCAACCCCGAAGCAGAGAAGUCUCAGCCUGCAAAGGCUGGCUUUCACCCGUCUGUUUAUGUUGCGACAUGGAUAAGUCUUUCUUCCUCAGUCAUCUUGUUCAACAAGUGGAUUUUGAGUACCCUGGAAUUCAAGUACCCCGUCAUUCUGAUUACCUACCACUUGAUCUUCGCGACCAUCGCAACCCAAUUCAUGGCCCGCUACACUACGCUGCUUGACGGCCGCAAGACUGUCAAGAUGACGGGCCGCGUCUAUCUCCGUGCCAUUGUUCCUAUUGGCUUGUUCUUCAGUUUGAGUCUGAUUUGCGGAAACUUGACCUACUUGCACCUCAGUGUUGCUUUCAUCCAGAUGCUCAAGGCUACCACUCCUGUAGCCGUGCUCGUGUCUUCGUGGAUGAUGGGUAUUGCUGCUCCCAACAUGAAGCUCUUGUUGAACGUCUCGGCUAUCGUCGUUGGUGUCGUUAUUGCCUCCUUUGGUGAGAUCAAGUUCGUGUGGAUCGGUUUUAUCUACCAGGUUGGCGGUAUUAUCUUCGAGGCUAUCCGUCUGAACUUGGUCGAGGCCCUUCUGAGCUCUGCUGAGUACAAGAUGGAUCCCCUUGUCUCUCUGUACUACUUUGCCCCUGUUUGCGCUGUCAUGAACGGUGUUUUGGCACUGCUCUGGGAAGUUCCGAAGGUAACCAUGGCUGAGGUUCACCACGUCGGAUUUACUAUUUUCUUUAUAAAUGGUCUUUGCGCGUUCCUCCUCAACGUCUCUGUGGUUUUCUUGAUCGGCAGGACAUCUUCCCUUGUCAUGACCCUGUGCGGUGUUCUCAAGGAUGUCCUCCUGGUUGCUGCUUCUAUGAUGAUUUGGGGCAGCCCCAUCUCCGGUCUCCAGGCUUUCGGCUACACCAUUGCGCUGUGCGGUAUGGUUUAUUACAAGCUCGGACCUGAGGCCAUCAAGGGAUAUGCUGCUGAGGGUGUUCGUCAGUGGGGCGAGUUCGGUCAAGCCCGACCCAUUACUCGCAAGGUCGUCAUCAUCGUCGGCGCUUUGUUCCUUAUCUUCGUUUUAUUCGGUGGCUUUGCCCCAAGCUACGCUGCCGAUUAUGCACCUUAUAUCAAGGAGGCCGCCGCCAAGUACGGCGUCGGCUCAUAG